GUACGGCCUCCCGCAUGCCGUAGUUUCCAUCCAUGGCUUUAUUACAGUCCUCAAAAUCCGGAGGUAAACCUCCUUCGUGAUGGUUUCUCCCUUUUUAAAGAAAUACGGCGGCAUGACAUCACCCUCAUUAGAGACGACGCUUAAGACGUGAACAUUGGCUGGAAACUUCGUCCUGCCUAUUAUGGGGACAUCCUCGGGAUCACGGGCGAGCCAACGGUCGUUCCUUCGACUCACUUUUGUCGAUCUCGAGUACUUGAAGAACCGAAUAAUUUCGAUCGGCGAACGUCCGGCGCGAAGCGCUUCAAUUAUCGCCGCUCUUCGAUUGUAUUCCGCACUUGAUUUUAUUGACUCGGACAUUUUAAAGGUUAUACACGUUUUACACAAACAUUUGACUAACGCGAACAUUAACAAUCAUUUGUUUCUAAAUUCACACGUAGCAAAGAAUUCUAAUUUAAUUUUGUCCGGAUUUAGCUGACGUACCCUGUAUAUUUCUUUGUAAUUAAAAGAAUAAAUAACGCGCGUGUAGCGCACGCUUAUGUGUGUUUAGUUGUUUUAAAAAAGCUAUGAGUAUGAGAGCAACACAAAUUUUUUUCAGAAAAAUCGCACGAGAGAUGGUUUCGAGUUGGAUAAUCAAGCGAUAUCUUCAUUACGUACACAUUUAACUGAGACCAAGGUAGUCGAUUCCUCUUUGAAGAAAGAAUUAAAUAGGAAAAAUAAUACGAUGAAAAGAUCUUCGUCGGAUUCAGACAGCAGGAAUUACACUAAUAAAAUUAAGCAAUCAAAGGUAAAGGACAGCGAUGUCAUAGAAAGCAAUAACGCGCAAAAUCUUGAAGAGUUAGAUAAUUUCUUAGGCGAUCACUAUCAAGAAAUAGAAAUUGAUGAUACUUACAAAAGUAACGAAACAAGGGAUCAUCACUACUCCGAAAAGAGAGGAGGAACUAUGCCAUUUAACAAUAAAUACGAGAAUAUAGGUAUCACGAAACGACUGAAAGACGAGUCGGCGGUAAGAACUCAAAAAGAAAAUGCAUUCUCUAUUUUCAUGAAUAAUACAGAAACAUGGUCAGCAAUGACUGAUGGGCGCGAUGCGAUCAAGAAUGACGAAAUAUUUAAUUUUCAUACAUUCUGGAAAGGUGAAGAAAAUGCUAGAGGCAUCAGAGAGGCUCGAGCUGAAAUAAUGCUGAAGUACAUGGAUAAGAGUGUGGAUCCAUGUCAAGAUUUUUAUCAAUACGCUUGUGGUAACUGGGCAAAACAUAAUCCAAUUCCAAAAGACAAAGCUGGCUAUGAUACUUUUGAAAUGCUCAGAGAAUCGCUAGAUUUUGUAUUAAAAGAAUUACUAGAGGAUCCCAUAUCGCAUGAUGUUGAAUUUGACGCUGAAGAUGCUACAAUAAAAGCAAAAUAUCUGUUUCAAAGCUGCAUGAACUACGAGAUCUUGGAGCAACGUAUGGAACGGCCGCUUAUUCUGCUCUUGGAUCAACUUGGCGGUUGGCCGAUUCUAAAACCGGAUUGGGAGUCCGAUAAAUUUGACUGGCUUCACUUGACCGCGCAACUUCGACUGUACAAUAACGAUAUAUUAAUCUCAGAAUGGGUGGGACCAGAUAUUAAAAACAGCGACAAGUACGUGAUACAGUUCGAUCAAACAUCGCUCGGGCUUCCUACAAGAGAUUAUUUCCUUCAACCAACUAACGCGAUUUAUCUAGAAGCCUACAAGGAUUAUUUAAUAAAGAUUGCAACUUUACUUGGUGCAUCCUUAGAUAAUGCAACCAUACAUGCUGAAGAACUGAUUGAAUUCGAGACACAACUCGCAACGAUUACAUUGUCACCCGACGAAAGACGAAAUUUUUCGGAGCUCUAUCAACGAAUGAAUGUAGGUGAACUGAUAACACUCGUGCCGCAAAUUGAUUGGCACCGUUAUUUGUCGAUCGUCUUGGCACGGACAAUAAAUGUUUCUGAACCAGUUAUCAUCUUUGCAUUGCAAUACAUCCAAGAUUUGGUUAUUUUACUUUCAAAGACACAACCGAGAACAGUAGCAAAUUAUCUUCUAUGGAGGUUUGUACGGCAUAGAGUGAACAAUUUAGAUGAUCGUUUUCAGGAAGUCAAGCAAAAAUUUUACUACAUUUUGUUCGGUAGAGAACAAGCACCAGUAAGAUGGAAAAACUGCGUAAAUCAAGUUAAUUCUAAUAUGGGUAUGGCGGUUGGCUCAAUGUUUGUUAAAAAGUAUUUCGAUGAGAAUAGUAAAAACGAUACAUUAUCGAUGACUCGAGAGAUACAGCGAUCCUUUAGAGAACUGUUUAACAAAACUAAUUGGAUCGACGACGAAACAAAACGUUUGGCAACGGAAAAAGUAAACGCUAUGUCAUUGAGAAUCGGUUAUCCAGAUUUUAUCUUACAGCCACAUCUAUUAAACGAGCGUUACAAAAAUGUAGUAAUUCGAUCAGACAAAUACUUUGAAAACACUUUAAAUAUCUUGCAACAUUUAACCAGAAUUGAACAAGAUCGUCUUGGCAAUACUGUCAACAAAACUUUGUGGAACACAGCUCCAGCAGUCGUGAAUGCUUACUACAGUCGCAACAAAAAUCAGAUAAUGUUUCCCGCAGGGAUACUACAGCCUCCCUUUUAUCAUCGAUUUUUCCCACGAAGUUUAAAUUAUGGCGGAAUUGGCGUCGUAAUCGGACACGAGAUUACUCAUGGAUUUGAUGAUAAAGGUAGAUUGUUUGAUAAGAGUGGAAAUCUCCAUAGAUGGUGGAAAGAUGAGGCAAUUGAUGGCUUUCACCGACGAGCGCAAUGUCUCAUUGAUCAAUAUGCACGCUAUACCGUGACGGAAGUUGGAAUGCAGAUAGAUGGCAUUAAUACACAAGGGGAAAAUAUUGCUGAUAAUGGUGGCAUUAAGCAAGCGUUUCGAGCAUAUGAGAAAUGGUUACGUUCCAAUGAAAGAGAAGACGAGACCUUACCCGGAAUGAGCGCGACGGGUAAACAAUUAUUCUUCUUGAACUUUGCCCAAGUGUGGUGCGGUUCAAUGCGUCCUGAAGCAACUAGAAAUAAACUGAAAACAGCUGUACAUUCACCUGGUAAGUUUCGAGUGAUCGGUACACUCUCCAAUUCGAAAGAUUUUGCUCAAGUAUUCAACUGUCCUCUUGGUUCUCCUAUGAAUCCUGUGAGCAAAUGCUCUGUAUGGUAACACAUGUAACUCAAUUCGUAUACGUACCGACACGAUUUGUCCUCUCAUCAUGACACUUUAUUUCUAAUAAAACACAACUUAUUCGAGUUCUUUAAUAUAUAUUUUACAUAAGAUUUCUAGCAAUUCAUAAAUAUAAAGCAGCAGUUCCUAAAUGUAUGAAAUACCGAUUUAACGCGUUUGUGCACACUUUUUGUAUGCUAUUUGCAAAUAUAUGUAACUUAAAGACUAUAGACACACUUGGGAAAUAAAUUUAUAAAACGUAUCAUUGUUUGCAGAUUAUUGGAUUAAGUAAAUUAUAAUAAAUAUGAGGAGUAAUUUCAAUCGUAAAAAUUGUUACAGAUUGUUUUUCAGUGUGUUUACAAAUUCUGAAAUCUCUAUCUUUUUAAAUUUAAUUUUGAUUAAUUUUACAAAUUUAUUAAAUACUGAAAUUAUACUUUGCUUAUUAUUCUUUAAUUUAUUUAGUUGCAAAUGCCAUAUUCGGUUAAUACCGCGACAAAAACUACCUAGUAUUUAACAAACAUUUAAAAGAAAUUUUCAAUCUUUAUUUUAUGCACGCGCGCGCGCAUGUGUGUGUGCGUGUGUGUUUU